UUACGAUCAGCGGUCUUUCCAAUUUGCACACGUAAAAACAUGGCGGACGCUUUUGGUGGUGAUGAUAUCUUUUCUGUUUUCGAAGAUAAUGCUAGCUCAGAAAAUACCAAAGGAAAGAAAAAAGACAAGAACAACGUAGCUGGUCCGUCCACGUCUACAGAUGCUCCUCAAACUGGUGAGAAAAGAGAUUUCAAACCAGACGUUAUCGAUCUGGUUUUGGAGGAAUCGUCGAAGAAAGCGAAAGUUGAUGACUUAGAAAGGUAUGGGUUCGCUUAGAUCGUGUAUUUUCAGCACAGUCUUGGAAUAUUUUUAAUUCAUAAUUGUCAUCUUUAGGAAGAUAUGAUAUUGAUUCGCCAGGCAAUGUAAUAUUUUGCUCGUAAUGUGUAUUGAUACAGGUGUAUUGUAAACCCCGGGAUUGUAAACAAAAUUGUGGUGCCAUUGACGAUCAAAUUUUUCAAAUAGUAAUUACGUAAAUAUCGGUAAUGUCAAUGCUUAACCAGUCAAAGAGUUAGUAACGGCAGUACGGCUGGGUACAUUUCGUUCUGUAAUCGCACGAGAGAUGAAACAAAAUCUGCGCGAUCGUCCAAGUUGUUUAAUCACGAGCAUUCCUAAUUGACGAUCCUUGAGUCGAAUGCUCUUGAUAAUGCAAAAACUUAUAAUGCUGUGAAUGUUCUGAAUGUUCUUUGAAUGUAGACUUUGACAUUUGAGAGAUUAAAAAACUGGCAGAAACGUUUUACAACCACUAGUCAUUUCUUUGAAAUAUGAAAAUAGAGUAACGGUUAUCCAUUAAGAAAUUUCCGUUUAUGAUGGUACAAAACAAUCCUAAGCAAAGUUCUAUUCUUGAUGGCAAUUUUGUUGGUGCCGAGAUGGUUUGGUGGUGAGGUGACUAGAUACUGCAUGACUAAGCCCUGAUCUGAUUGAACCUUCUACCCGCCGAACCCACGGCCCUAACCCCCCCGCCUCGCCUCCCAGGCAACCCCCCAGGCCAUCCCCAUGCAUUUGAAGUUUUUAACAUACUUGUAAUUUUACCUCAGUGCCUCUCUUGGUGAAAAUAAAAAGUGUCAAUAAUUAUUGCUCGACAACAGUGACAGAUUUGCCCAUUAAAUGCCCUUCCCCCCAAAAUAAAUGUUUUUUUCACAAUAUUUAAUAUUGUGAUUCGAGAGACUAAACUAUGUGAGUUGAUUCAUAACUUUUCAAUUCUUUUUAAUACAUAGUUUGCUGGAGACAAUACCUCGUGUACAGGUGAUAAAUGUUGAAACCAUAGAGGCUUGUACUCAUGAGGUGAGUUUCAAGAAUUUUGGAAGAUCAGCACUUUUGUACUUUCUUAGAUACUAGAAUAAAAUUAAUAUCCAAUUUUACAUACAGUUAACUCAACAUUUUACAGCCCUGUCGCGCUCUAAGUCAGAGUAGAGACGCCAAAACCAAUUAAAGUUUUGCUUGUAUUACAAGAAAAUGUACGUAUGUUUAUGUACGUUUUGUAAUAGGUCUUUUUUCCUUCUUUGUGAGCCCUUGGGAGCCCUUGGGCUAAUUAUAGUGCGGUAUGUCCCGAAAAAGUGCAGCAAAGCCGCUGUCUGGUAACAACGCUGUUGACUGAGCACAGAAUUUCUUUUAGGCAAGAUUUUUGAAUUCAAGUUAUUUGCUUCUCACACAUUGUAACAAGGGACAAGUGGCUGCUUUGCAAAAGUUACAUGUAGCUGCGCUAUAGAAGUUGAUCACUUUGCAGUGAUUGAAUAGAUUUACUGAAAUAAAAUUGUUUUACUGCAGAGACUCUAGUUAUUGGUCAUUAUUAUGAAGAAUAAUAUGAUGGCUGCUUGGCAGGAAGCCUAAUAAUAAAGGUUCAACAGUCAGAGGUAUCAACCUGUCAGUCCUUUAUUGUUUCUGCCAGUAGCUUGCCGCUUGCUGUUUCAAAAAUUAAAGUCACUGAAAUUCCAAAAAAUUCGGAUGAAGCAAUUGCUAUACACAUGACUGUAUGUACUUAAGUGAUAUGGGGACGGGAUCAGGGGAUGUUUGCGUGGAAGAAACAAGAACAAGAACACGGAUGCUGUUGUUAAUGAUUUUUUGUCCCAUUAUUUUGUAAGGUGGCAGUUCCAGAAGGAUGUGAGUAUGUUCCUUUGGUGCAAAAAGCCAAAAAGCAAGCCAAGGUAAGCUACAUGUACGGUAGUUCAGCGUGAUAGAACCUCCACCACCUAUGGUGCAAAAUGAGCCAAGUGGCCCUAGCCUGCGAACAGCAGUCAUUUCUCCUCGCUCAUCGCUGCUGAGGGAUGUUUAUUGAGGAGGAACGUCUGCGACUCAGCAACAGAAAUUCCAUACUGAUGAUGCAAAAUCUGUCUGGAAUUCGGUCAGAAGCGCUAAUAUGUUGACGGAGUAGUUUCAUUGUUGAAGCUAUUGUUUACGAAUAACAGACAGAAGAUAAAAAGCGGCAAAGGUCAAAUGUAAACACGACGAAUCUCUAACAAAACAGUCAACAUUUGGGAAUCUAGUCUUCUCUAGAAGAAGCAUUUGAGUUUUGCUGGAGCUCAUUCGCAGAUGAAUACAACACUUUACCAAAAUUGACCAGGAGAAACAUAAAAUUGAACAAAUUUGCAUUUGGAACCCCAUGACUACCAGAUUUAUUAUGUUAACAUUGAUUGACGUCAUCAGUAUGGAAUUUCUGCCGCUGAGUCGCAGACGUUCCUCCUUGUGAAAUGUCCCUCAGCAGCCAUGAGCGAGGAGAAAUGUCUGCGGUUCGUAGGCCAAGUGGCCCAAGCAAAUUAAUGGACUACUGCGUAUUACCAGAUUUUUGUCAAUAAUAAUAAUAUUGUUUUGUCAUCCUGUAAAUAUUCCAUCAGCGGCAGAGCAUGCAAGCCCAGACAAGGUAUUUCCAGAGCCUGAGCUCUCCUUGACUUGUAUCUCUCGAUCUGGAUAGAGACCUCUGGUCUGGUUUUGCCUCCACCAGAGUCCAUGCAUUUUGCCAGAACCUUGUUAAUCAAUGUGAAGCAGAAUACGUACAAUGUACAAUAUGUCAGUGCUCAACACUAAUGCUAGUCCACUAGCCCAGGACCAGUGCAACUUCAUGCUGGGCUUGUAGUAAAUAUGCACUCUUCCUAGCCCUUAGACUGGUUAGUUUAGUGGACAAAAUAAAUUUUCUACAACAAUACAACUUGGGAAGUUUUUUUUUCUAAAAUGCUUUAUCAGUAGUUUCUUUCUAUAUGAAAAGAAAAAGAAGUGCAAUAUAAAGGUUUCAACCAGUUUGGAAGAAAACGUAUCCUUGACUGCAAUUCAUUGAAGAAAAAGUGCACUGCUGUCAGGAACUGGUGUGGUCUCAAACAGUAGUGCUGAGAGAUUGUUGUCUCAACCUGUUGGACUGUCUCUAUUAUUUUUAGGAAUAUCCAUUCAUCUUGGAUCCUUUCCAGAAAGAGUCACUAAAAUGUUUGGAAAACAAUCAGUCCGUUUUGGUGUCUGCACAUACAUCAGCUGGAAAAACAGUGGUAGCAGAGUAAGAUCACUUUCAAAAACUUUUUUCAUAGGCUCGAAAUCUUUGGUUGAUACGUGCAAAUUAAAAAACAAGGCUAUUACUGUACCUCUCUUGUAAGCAACUGCUCCGUGCUUCCUUGUCACCCCACCCCCUUUCAAUUCAACCCCAUGUACAACAAAUAUUUUUUUUGUAGCGAAACAAUGUUUUUGCAUGUGCAUAAUUAUUGCACUGUUCUCUGCAAACUAGAUUUUACAGAAAACAUGAAUCAGUAUAAGAUUCUACUUAUGUAACUUUUCACCUACCCCUCCCCAACUUAAUAUUUUCCUUUAUGUAAGAAGUUACAGCUAUGUAGCUGGGUACAUGUACAUGUAAGUGGGCAGUUUUAGAAUCUUGUACUUCCUGAAAGCAUGACGACUCAUUGGAUAAUUCUUUUUCUUCUUCUCUGUUUCCAUUGCAAAAAGCAAACUGAACAUAAUACAACAAUUUUGCAGAAAGAGCAUAAGUUGUUUUUUCAAGUAAUGUUUCCUUGGUUUUGCCAUCGUAGUUGCUAAAAGUCACUUGUGUGAUGAAGCAAAAUGUUACAGUGAUUUUUUGUUUAUUCCUCUAUAAAAACAAGAAAAAGACAAUUACUGAGAAGUACCUCAUUUCCAGAAAAUUCCCAUAGGAAAUUACACAAUGUAAGGUGUUCCACUACGAGAAUAACCAGUAGUUUUUUCUUACAUAAUGAAGGGGUAUAUGCUUUUGAAUGGUGGUGAUCCUAGCAAUCUGACUAUUGAUUCUUCUUUCUGUUAUUGUGAUUAGGUAUGCAAUUGCCAUGUCACUUCAAAAUAAGCAGAGAGUAAUCUACACCACACCUAUAAAGGUGAGCACAUGGCAUACAUGUAAAAUGAGGGCUGUUGCUAAAAUAUUAAGUUGCUGGGUUAAUGCAAGUAGUAGGAGGGGGAUUGAAUGGUCAGGAAGUCCUUUUGCAGUGGCAGAUCCAGGAAAGGGGCCUGGGGCCUGCCCCUCCCCCUAUUUUUAGACCAUACUGAGGCCCAAAAGGCUGAAAAAAAAUUUCUUGGAGACUUUCCCCACCCCCUUGCCUCAAGAUCUCGAGGUGUGGAUCUGGUGCUCAUAGAAGCUGGGGAAAAUCCAUGGCCUCUGCAUCUUAGUCAGCAGCCCUGACAAUGAUUCAACUGGAUAAAAAUUUUAAUAACAUGGAGAGAUGGCACAAGAAAGCUAAAAAAAGUAAAAACUCCAAUGUUAUAGAUGGUACAACUGAAUAAUGCACAGCUGUAUUUUCAUGUAAAUCAAAUAAGUAAUACCAAAAUAUUUUGCCUUUUAAAGUCUGUUUGCAACAUUCUUUUUAAAGGCCCUCAGUAACCAAAAAUACAGGGAGUUGUAUGAAGAAUUCCAAGAUGUUGGUCUGAUGACAGGAGAUGUCACUAUAAACCCUAGUGCCAGUGCUCUUGUCAUGACAACAGAGGUAUGUACCUUCUUUUUGUCAUAAGUGUUCUUCAGAAGCUGCGACUACAAGCAAAAGUCACCGACUCCUUGUAGUCAUCAUAGAAGUACAGGCUACUAUCAGAAAAGAAUUUAUUACGGGUAAUAAUGAAUUAGACCUGUAAAAUAAAGCAAAUUUAAUGUGGUUAAAUGAAGGUGCCAUAAUACCAUCCUCGUCUCUAAAAUGCACUAUGCAUUUGGUCACACUAACAUGCUUUUUCCAGCUUUCUUAGAAUGAACAUUCCCCAUUCAAAGUCAAACCCCCUCCCAAUGUAAAAAUGCACCUACCCUACUUGUGGCGGAGCCAUGUAAAAGGUACUCUGCAGCUUUUGAUCCACCUACUUGAAUUGUUUUCUUCCUUUGCUUUACACUUUUAGAAGAUUCUUGCCUUUGUACCAAUAAGCUGUGAAACUAAUUUCCAAUUCCUUCUUAUUCUUUGUUUGUAGAUUUUGCGAAAUAUGCUGUACAGAGGUUCUGAGGUAGGAAGUAGCACCGUGUGGAAAAAUUAGUAUAAUUAUUAUGUAGAAAAAGUUUCCUCUUUAAGAAAGCAGCAUAAUUGAGUGGUUUGAAUGGACUGGUUAUCUAGAGUUCUAGCUACAUUAAUUGCUAAUCACCUAACUACAGUACUAGCAGAAGUUUUUGUUAACUUUGUUUUUUUGUGUCCUUUUCAUGUACAUGUAGCUGAUGAGAGAAGUGGCUUGGGUUGUUUUCGAUGAAAUUCACUACAUGAGAGAUAAAGGUAAUUCUUCAAAGCAAUGCCAUACAUGUAUAUGAUAAAAUUAUUAACUAGCUUUGCUACAGUUUAGAUAUUCUGUUAUGGCUCAAAUUACUACCAUGGUUAGUCAUCACUAGGGAGCUUAUGCAAUGAUGAUAGUGAUGGCAACGGCAAUCAGAAUAAAAAAAAGCAAUGGAUUUUGAUCGGCAAAACAACAAAGUCUGUAUAUUCAUCACGCUCUUUUGUACAUUUCUUUGCUGUUGCUGCACAAUUACAUGUGCAACGUGAAAGUGCCUAAUUUCACAUUUUUGUCAAGGGCGUGAACAGAAGAUGUAACAACUUUUUUUUUCUAUUCCUGUAGUUUUACUAGUAAUAUUUUUGAGAACAAUACACCAUAACCUAAAACAAAGAAAAACAAAAAUUCAAAUGGUUCAAAAAACUUUUAGAUGGGGAUAAAAUUUAAGCCAAUGUAAGGAAUUUUGUUUUAAGUCACAUUCAUGUGUAUUGAUUCUUUUGACAGAGAGAGGUGUUGUUUGGGAGGAAACCAUCAUCUUGUUACCAGAUAAUGUUCAUUAUGUCUUCUUGUCUGCAACAAUUCCAAAUGCAAGACAGUUUGCUGAGUGGAUUUCACAUUUACAUAAACAGGUAAGUCAUAAUUUAUUAUAAAUACACCUGAAGGACCUUGUAGAGUUAAUACAAUUUUGGUACUAGUGACCUAGCAGUUAGUCUAAUGUUUAUAAAGAGAUUUUUCCAAUUAUUGUAAUUGUUGUUUGCUCAGGUUGGUCAAUCUGAUUAUUUCUGACGGUUGCUUAUGAAAUCCCAACCAAUUUUCAACACUACCAGUAGUGUACAUAGGGAUCCACAAAUAACUUUACAGUCAUGUGCAUAUAAGGACAGAAACAAAAUGAUUACAAUCAGUAAUUAAAAAACAUAACUAAAGUAAUGCAAGAAUCCCAAAUGGCUGAAGGCAAACCAGUUGCAUUGGUUAUUUAAAAACUUGGUUGAAUAGUUUAUCUCAGAACAAAUCCAGAACAAAUACUGUCAGCAGUCAGCAGUUAGGGUGGGGCUUGAACUAAGUUGCUACCUGAUUUUAAAGUCCAGUGCUCUAACAGUUAUUCUAGAAUUAAAGCAAAAAAGUAAUUUACAAUGUAUGUUUGUCUUUGCCUGAUAAUUUUUCUCUUGAUUCUCAGCUCCUGGGUUCUAAAUCCUACUUUACAGCAUACUCCUUAAUCUGAGGGGCUGCAGGUCAUAACCCUCAUAUAGUUAACUCUGGCCUUGCAGACACCCCAAUAUAAUGGACAACCUGAUAAUACGAACAUCAGCUAAAUCUCAAGCAAAAAUAAAUUUCAGAUGUUUGACCGUAAUAAACUCCUGCUAUUACGGACUCUCGCUAACUCGAAGUCCCAACAGUGUCCACUAUAAAGGGAGUUGAAUGUAACAGCACAGAAGAACUUAUCAAAGUCUCUAUUAAAUUCAUUGUGUUCUUAAAUUGUCUUGCAGCCAUGUCAUGUGGUAUAUACAGAUUUUAGACCAACUCCGCUCCAGCAUUACAUUUAUCCUGCCGGUGGUGAAGGACUCUUUCUUGUUCAGGAUGAGAAAGUAGGUGACAAACAAAUAGAUGCACAAAAUAUUAUUAGACUUAUAGACACAACUUUUGCAGUUGCGAAAAGAAAGCCUGGAAAAUUGCAGGUUUGAGCACUGGGAUUCAAACCCUCACCAGGGGUGACAAACAGCAAGGUGCAAAAAUUAUCUGGCCUAUGUGACAAGCACAUGUACUUUACCUCCAUAAAGGGCAGGGCUGUCAUUAGUUUUUGUAGCAGCCAUAGAAAAUAAAGAUUCAACCAUAACAUCUUCAGAAAUUUUUAGUGUCACCUUACACAUGUAAGCUUCUGCUUUCCACUUUUAUAAAGUAACAUCAAGUGAGCUGAGCUGUAACAUGAGUUACAGGUUACAGUCUUUAAUUACAGCCCUGAACUGUGCCUUAGUGUUCAUUUUUUGUAUUUAUUAAUAGUAAUAUUACAUUGUAAUAGUUAUUGUUUUACUUUUUAGGGAGAGUUUCGUGAAGAAAAUUUUCAGAAAGCCAUGGCUGUAAUAAGGGAAGGAGGCACUGAUCCAGGUUCACAAAGAGGUCGGAAAGGAGGAACUAAAGGUAUGCAGUUAUUAAUAUUACUAAUCCAGUUUAUGAUUUGUGCAUGAUUUGGGAAAAUUCUGGGCUUUGUCACUGUUGUACCUGUAGUUUUUGUCUUACAUUGGUGGUUCCAUGUCAGCACAACUGGCAAGGACAGGACUCUGUAAAGUGGCAAAGAGGCUGUUGGAGCUGAGAACUAUAGUAGAGUGUAACCAUGAUAACCCUGAGAGUGGAAUCCACUAAGGCACUGCUGUGAAUUUGUUUCCUCUUCACCCUACGUCCCUGACGCAUAAAAAUCUCCAAAGACACAAAGUCAUCCAUGACAUGCGUCCCAUAGGCCGCAAAGAAUGAUGAAUCGAUUUUAAAAAUUUUUUGGGUAUAACAUCCUGUUCGUUUGAUUAAUUCUUUUUUCAGUGAACUGUAAUAAAGAGUUUUGGCGUCUGUCUCCAGAUUAACUAUCUGGUUACAUAAAGGCCCAAGCAUUUUCAGUUUUAUUAGAACUCCUUGUUUUUUUAACUGGGACUCAUUGGUUAUGGACUGGGACUCACGAUUUUUCACAAGAUGAGUCUCAGGACUCACCAUAACUAUUUGUAACUGAAUCACUGCACUGUCACCCUCCAAACCAGUGGAAACUUGACCUACUUACAUGUGUACUGUAUAUCUACCAAAGGGUUGGGAGGGAGCAAAUCGUUCAGAAGCAUGAAGAAUGUAGAGUUAAAAUAAACCUCCAUUGACUAUUGUUGCUAUUUUGUCAGAAUGAGUCAAUUACCUUCCAGCAGUGUGAUGCCUGGCCUUAAUAGUAAGAGGAAUCAUAAAUUCUCAAUUCAAAGGCACAUUUGAAGCUGUUUAACCACCCCAGUUGAUCCCAAACAAAUAGCUGCUGGACAACAUUGUAUUGAGUUGAACUAACAGAGUGGCAUAUCGUAAAUUUCAUGUAGUCAUGUGAAGUCACCUGUUUCAUAACUGUUAAAUCUGAUUGCAGGUCCCUCAAACUGUUUCAGAAUCGUGAAAAUGAUUAUGGAGAGGAAUUUGGUCGGACAGUAAUAUAAGUCGAAGUCGUUCUUUCUUACCGAAGCCUAUGCUCUGCAGAUGUCAAAACUGGACUUUAAUUCAGGUCAGAAACCAAUAUCAAAGAUCAGCAUCUCAUUUCUCCUUUUAACAUGGCCAGUGAAUAUAAAAAGUGAAUAUUUAACAAUUAUUCCUCGAGCCUGAAUUGGCUCUGAGUCAAUAGCCCAUGAGGCUGAAGGCCGAAUGGGCUAUUGACUCAGAGGCCAUGAGGGCGAGAGGAAUAAUUGUUUUAGUAAAAUCCAUCUAGUUGGUCAAAAAUAUCAAGAGUAAACAAAUUUAGCUAGUUAAAGCUGGACUUUAAUCCUUUUUUGCCGCCAAAAAGCCUGCGCUUUUCGCUACUAGGGGGCUAUAACAUAAUUUAUAGCCUAGUAGUAGCUCAACCAAUCAGAACACAGCAUUGAUAAUAUAUAGACCACUAGUUGGAUUUUAUUAAAAUUGAAUAUAGAAGUUGAGAGUCAGAAUGAAGGAAACCAUCAAGAAAGAAUAGAUGUAAACAAAUUAUAGUUACUUUGAUAAGCACCUGGGGCAAUGGUUUUGCUUUUGUGGAAAUUAAAUGGUUUGAGCCUAAAUGUAGGGGUUGUUUUAUUAAUUUUUUUAAGUAAUAUUAAUUAUUGGCUCUCAGCUAGCUUACGUGUUAAAUAAUUUAUUGGUAUUUUAUUUGUGGCAUCUUCAAAUCUUAUUCUUUUUUCCUCAUUGUGAAUAUUUUUAGCUCAAGAAAAGAAAUUAGUUGAGGAAGUAUUCAACAAUGCUAUUGAUUGUUUGUCAGAUGAAGAUAAAGCACUUCCUCAGGUUAGAAUUAUUGGAUUAUUUUCCAUAAUAUUAACUUAGCUGAAUGUUUCCACCUGCAUACAUGAAAGUCAUUAGAUAGCUGAAGAGGUCUAAUUAUUUAAGUGGCCUUGUUUUAGGAUUUCAUUCAGAUUAAAAGUUAGAACUUCCUUUAUUGACAAAUAGGCGGGGGGAGGGUCUGGUGGGAUCUGACUCCCUCCCCUCCCCCACAAAAAAGAGAAAGAACUCAUAGUUGGAGAAUUAAGCACAUGUUAUUGUUAUUUUCAGUAAGUUUUAUACAAUGUUUGGUGGCUUACUGUGGAUUUAAGAUUUAAGAAGCAAACAAAGUAGAAUUUUACCGGAAACCACAUUCAUUUAUGAGUAACUAAUGCAAUAUUCGAUUUUAUUAAUUUUAGGUGGAACAUGUUCUGCCACUGUUGAAACGUGGCAUUGGUAUCCAUCAUUCUGGGCUGCUGCCUAUUUUAAAAGAGACAAUUGAAAUUCUCUUUUCAGAAGGUUUAAUCAAGGUUGGUCAGAUUGAUUUGCAUUCUUUAUAGUGAUAACCUCUGACAAUGAUCCAUUACUUGCAUUCAGAGAGCUGACGCUGGUCAAUGCCAUUGGUUGAAUAAAGAUAAACUGUUUUACAGUUCAAUUCAGUUUAGAUAAUUCUGAUUGGUUGAGAGCUAUGUAAAAUUCCGAAAAUAAACCCCGGGGCUUAUAUUUUUCAAAGGCCCUUUUUGAGGGGCUUAUAUUCGGAGGGGCUUAUCUAUGGAGGGAAAUUUGCGUCCCAAAAUCGAUUGGGCUAGCCUUAUAGUUGGAAGUAAAUUUACCAUUUUUGCUUUGUUUUACUUAGUAUUUGAGGGCAAUUUUCCAAGUACAAGCCCCAAGGGGGCUUAUAUUUAAUUAAAUUUGGAGGGGUGAUUUAACGGAGGGUUUUUUGCAUUACCAGUUUGGGGAGCUUAUAUUUAGAGGGGCUUAUACAUGGAGGGGCUUAUUUUCGGAAUUUUACGGCAUGUUCAAUAAUAAUAUAGAUCAUGAAAAUUACUUAAUUUGUUUUCUCUUUAUCAUGCGCACAAUUUUCUGAGAAACUUCAAUGGAAAUGGAUGUCAUAGUUGUAAAUGUUAUUGUAAAAAACAAAUCAACAACAAUUUUCCAUGGUUUAACUUUUAUGACAUCAAAAUGUUCAAAACUUUGCAGUGAAACUACUCACCUGUGGUUCUUGUUUCCACUUGAGUUUUGAACAUGUUGACAUCACUUCUAUGGUCAAUAAGAGUACAGACCAUAUGUUCAUGAUAUAUGAAAUAAAUCAUAUAUGACCAGCGGAAAUGAAAUGAAGAUGAAGAAAUGAUCGUCGCAGUAAACGCAAUUUAUGCAAUUGUGUAAAGAAGCCUGAAAAAAAAAUUCAGGACUUUAAUGGGGUUUGAACCCGUGACCUCGCAAUUACCGGCGAUGCUCUACUAACUGAGCUAUGAAGCCACUGAUGUUGGGAGCAGGUCAAUGGUGGGUUCAUAUGUUCCCGUGAAAGAAAUGAGUGGUAAUGAUAUAUGAAAUAAAUCAUAUAUGAACUGCGGAAAUGAAAUGAAGAUGAAGAAGUGAUCAUCGCAGUGAAUGGAUAGAAAAUUGUUGUUGAUUUGUUGUUUAGACACAAAUCCUUACUGUUCUACACCUUUCCAUUUCCAGACCAAGAAAAAAAACAUUUUCAGUUGUUGUUAAUCGAUGUACAAGUCAUGACAUGAUUAUUUCAGGCUUUUUACUAACAAAAAGAUUAUUAUUUUUUUUUCUUCUGUCAGGCCUUGUUUGCUACAGAAACAUUUGCUCUGGGUCUUAACAUGCCUGCAAGGACUGUUGUGUUUACAAAUGCUCGGAAGUUUGAUGGAAAAGAUUUCAGAUUUGUUAGUACCAUUGAUUUAACAAUUUUGUAUGGUCACUGUCGUUGUUUUUAUCGUAAUAAUUAAUAUCCAAAUUAUUGGUGGGUACUUGUAAGAGACUUUUUAUGUGCAGUUUCCGGUUUCAGUGAAGUCUUUAUAAUGACUUGUGGGAGAGUUUCCUAGCAGCCUCUCUUGUCUCAGCUCUGGGUCUUAACAUGCCUAAAAGGACCAGUUGUGUGAACUAUUGCUUAGAAUUUUUAGGAGUGACCCAUGACUGGGUGCAAUCAUUUUAUUGCAGCGUUUGGCUGUAGAGAUCUUGGCCUAAGGCCAACCCUGAAGUAUCCUGCCUCAGACAAGAUUAAACCUCUCUCCCGCAAGGUGGAUCUGGACUUACUCUAUUUUUUUUGUUUUGCUCUUUACAUGUAGAUAACAUCUGGUGAAUACAUUCAGAUGAGUGGCAGAGCAGGAAGACGUGGUAUUGAUGAUAGAGGGAUUGUUAUCCUUAUAGUGGAUGAGAAGAUGGGACCGGAUGUUGGUAAAGGACUCUUAAAGGUAUCAGAUGCGUACAGCAUGCCGGUUAACAAAAUUAAUUUUGAGAUACUCAGAUCAACAAGUCGUGAAGUGCAUAUCUCACAUCAUGUGAGAAUUUGAAGUUGUUCUUUUUAACUUUUUUUAGGAUUUUGUCCAUUUUUUAAUCACACUACAAGAAUCAUGUGUCAAGUCUUGGGACUGAAUAGUAGUUUACAUUUUAGUGUUAUUGAAUGUACCAAUCAUGAAUACAGUCAACAGGCAAAGGUUCGAAUGAGUCGUUGCUUUUAAGCUUGAUCUGUAAUCCUUUAAAGCUAAUCAUCAAAGGUUUUCAGAAGCAAGAUUUAAGUUUCAGGAAAAAAAAGAACUUCUUUUUAACUGUAAUAAGCACUUUUUUCAAUAUGUCUUAUGUAGACAUGAACAUCUUGAUAUGACUGAGCUAAUUUGUGUGGGAAAAAAGGUGAUGAUUCUGUGUAGUGGUACAAAUGUUCCUAGCGGACUGCUAUUUAGUAAAAUCACUUGCAAUACUCUUGAAAUCUUUUAUCAGACAGUUGCAAAAAUAAAAUGAGAUUGUAAUAACCAUGUAAAUGUUGUAGUUAAUUUUUUAUCUUUGGUAAUUUAUUUUUUUCCUUUGUUUCACCUUCAUUAGCGUACAUUACCAUACUCAAAAACAAAACAAAAACAAAAAUUACCUGAGAUAAAAAAAUUAACUACAACAUAAAUACUGAAAUGGGAGAUGAAGGUUCUUUCAUUAAUGUUCUUUGUGUCCUGACCCAGGGCCAAGCAGAUCCUCUUAACAGUGCAUUCCAUCUGACAUAUAACAUGGUGCUGAAUCUGCUACGUGUUGAGGAAGUUAAUCCGGAGAUUAUGUUGGAAAAAUCUUUUUACCAGUUUCAAAACUAUGCUUCAGUUCCAGGCAUGAUUGAUAGUAAGUAUGUUCAACUGUUUUGAAGAUUUUUGAAUGGUGGACUUCUUGAUUUUAAUUUUUUAUAAAUGGUGAUGAGAGGACAGUAUAAUUGAAGUUUAUUUUGGUUCAGUAACUUCUUUCCAAUGUAUUCUUUACUUUCCAGAAUGUAACUGACACAUCAGCCAGGGGUUAAGCCCUUGGGCCAUAUUUCACCUACAUCUUAGAAAGCACUUGUAUUUAAAGCUUAGCUCAUGAUACAACACUUUUUACAUCAUAUCCUAAGGAGUUAGAUUACAGAAUAUCACAAUAAUUUUAAAGACCCUCGAUAACACUGAACUUUAUCUUUAAAAAUAAAUCUCUUUCAAGUCAGAUCACAGUUACCUACAGGUUGUGUUACAACGUCAUAAGAUAUCACAGUUGUGAACUUUCAGAACAGUUAAUGCCUUAACAUGUACUGUUAAAAGCUCACUAAAUUAAAGGCUUGGAUUUUAUAUUUAUUAGCAAACCAAAAUAACCUUUAACUACAAAACACUGAAUACUGUCACAAAAUACUGAGUAACAAAUUAAAUGUCACCAUGUACUGCUACCACCAUAGGAUUUCAUGUGUCGUAAUCUGAAAUUAUUUUGUAGAACUAAGAGAACUGGAGGUUAAGAGGGAUGCAUUUGAGAUCCCCAAUGAAGAAUCCAUCACAGCCUACUACAAAAUAAGACAACAGCUGAAGAGACUGGGAAAUGACAUGUUGGUGAGUAUCUAAUUAUGUUGUCAGAAAUUUGUAAGGGCCUUGCUGAAAGGGAAAUCUGUUUGAUUUUUUUCUUUUUUCUUUUUUUUCAGAGUUUUAUUCACCAACCCAAGUUUUGUCUGCCAUUUAUGCAGCCUGGAAGAUUGAUUCAGGUAAAAAUAAGUGCAGAAUAGGUCAUGAGUUGUGGGAUAGUAUUCUACAUUUAUAAAUCUGUUCAUUAAAAAACUUUUAAAAAUCUCUAAAUCUUUAUUAUUAUACAAGUAAAACUUCCAGUACUUGCAGCAACUAAAAUGAAACUUAAAAAUUAAAAAGUUUAAAAACUUAAAGUACUAUCCACAUUAAUUUGUAUUAAUAAAACUUGUCUUAAAACAUUUGGUAUUAUAGGGUAACUGCCUUGUUUGGGUACUUAAACGUUUCGAAGCUUCUUUCAAGGGGCUGUGUCACGGCAUGCAGUCCAGUUCAUUUUGUUUAAUUUUCGCAAUUACUCACCCUCAAUCGCUAUGGAACCUAAAGUAAGCAAAGAAAUUACAUGUAAAUGACAAAAUCAGAAAUUCGAGACAAACAAAUAAUUAUGUCUCCUGAGUAUUACUUUUUGAAGAUGCAAACAGCAGAGAUCAACUUUAAAAAACUGUUAGGCUGAACAUGAACAGUUUUCAAAAACUCUAAUUUCAAUCCAUUUCAAUCUGCUUCAGUUUUGCCCAUCUGUGACACAGCUCCUUUAACUCUUAAUGUGUUGUAUAAAUCUGCCAUUGCACUGAAAUGCAAUUGCAAAUAUUUAUUAAUUCUUUGCAUUUUGUUAAUUUUCAAUGCAUACAGUUAUUACUCUUUUUCACUAGAUCCUUCUCUUCGAAGGUGAUAAAUAAUGAAAAUUUCAUAUUACAUCACCUUUUCACAGGUUAAAAGUAACAGUGACGACUUUGGCUGGGGUGUGGUACUCAAUUUUCAAAAGAAGGCAAAUCAAAAGGUAAACAAAAAACUAUGCAAUUAAGCACGUGGAGGUUCAACUGUAUUAUGCAAUUAGUGGUCAGGGAAUUGAACAGCUAGGAGCACCUUUUGGUUCUGUUUUCCCUUUGUUUUUAGUGAAAUUCCCCCCCCCCCCCCCCCCCCCUGGGAAAUUCUCUGCCUUUGGCCGUAGUGGCAGUCCUUCAAGUGACUGUUACUUCAAACUGUUACUAGGGUUGAAGUUAAAAUCAUGAUGUUACUUUCUUCUCAUUUUCAGUUUAUUUCAGUAUUAAUUGUAAACCUGAUAAAAUGUAUAGCUGAUUUGGGGUGCUGAUGAUUAAAAAAAGUGUUUAAUGUGUGAGGACUUGUUUAUAGUGGAACGUACACUUAACUUAUCCAGCUACUUUACAGGCGCUCUACUCAAAUACUUAGAAACAAAUAAUUCAAAUACAGCAUAACAGGAUCAAAAACCCCAACUGGCAGGAGGCAACCAGUUGGCUACAAGUGUGGCCGAGGAUUUGAACUCAGGAUGACCAAGAACAAAUCCAGCAAGUCACCAGAGUGGGACUCGAACUCGGGGCUGCUGGAUUGCAAGUCCGACACGCUGACCACUCGGCCACGCUGCCUCCUUGUAUUUAACCCUUCAAGUCCCAAUAGUGACCAACAGCAAUUUUCUCCUAAUGAUAUCCAUACAUUAUCAUGAGAUUAGGUUAUGAGAAUUAAUAAAAUGAUCACCUAAGAGAAAAUAUUUUGAUCUUUUAUCAAAUUCUCUUAACUAAUUCUUAAAGGAAAUGUAUAGAGAGCAGUUUGGAGAAUUUUUAUGAGGAUAUUGGGGCUUAAAGGGUUAAGCCUUAAGCCUUCUCCAGGUUAGAGUUUUAUUAUGCUUGUACCAUUGCAUUUUAACAGAGUGGUCCAACCCAAGGAGAGACUCUGUUCGUUGUGGAGGCAUUACUGAAUUGUUCGAGUAAAUCUGUGAAGUCAGCUGAUGGAGAGACACCGCAGCCCUGCAAACCUGAUGAAAAGGGAGAAAUGCAGGUCAGAUACUGUCACUCAUCAUUCACCCGUAAACUCAUUCUCUGUUCAUUGACCAAAAACUGGAUUUUUUAGAAUGCUGCAAAACUAAUAGUACUACCAAAGAGGUUUCAUCUGAAUGGUCAACACCACCAACAACAACAACAUAACUUUAUUCUAAAAAUUAACUUAAUUAAUUAUACUGACCUGCAGGUAGCAAAGGCUAAUCUAGGCGGGAAAGAAGAUGAACUGAGGGUUAGGGUUUAACUGUUUUAUAUAAGUAUUAUUACAUAAAUAAAUUUUGAGUUAAUAUUAAUACUUAAAGACAGAGUUAAGGAAAGUAUAGCAUUAGAGGUUCGAGAUAAAAAUCAGUUGAAACUUUAAAGAUACAGUUAAUUAUUUAGCCAACGUAGGGUUAAGUCCGCAGACUCAAAAGAUAGAAUCACCCUACAAGACUGUAUCAUUCACUCUGGCAGUGAAAAGGUUAAACCAACUUGCCUCAAAAGGUAGCUCUCACGGUUUUAGAUUUUUGUCCUUAAAUUAUUGGAUCAAAAAGGUGUCUUUGAAAUGUCAAGUAGUCAAACUGACCAUUCACAUGAGUAGUAUUUUCCAGUUGUACUGUUUAUUGCACUGUACAAGGUUGUUCUAACUUUUGAGUCUGGGGAUGAAAUCUUAUAGUGAGAUCAUUCAAAUGAAAGUUACUGAGCAGUGCUUUCCUGUUGCACUGUUUAUUGCACUGCACAAGGUUUUUCUAACUGUAAUGCUGUGAAUGUAAUCCUAAAGUGUGACCAUUCCGAUGAUAGCUGCUGAGCAUUGCUUUCUUGUGCUACUGUUUAUUAUGCUGUACAAGUUGGUUCUGUACUUUUGGUAAGUGCGGAGGUUAAAACUACCCUGGGGUGUCACCAUUCAAAUGAAAACUGCUGAGAAGUAUUAUCCUUUGGUGCAGUUACUAAUGCCAUACGUAUAUCAAACAUUGUUUUUUUAUUUUUUUUUAUUUUAUAUAUAUAUAUAUAUUUAGGUGGUCCCCAUCUUGUUACAUCUUGUUAAAGCCAUCAGCAGUGUGAGGUUAUACAUCCCUAAGGAUCUGAGAUCACUUGACAGUCGGCAGAGUGUCGGCAAGUCUAUCAAGGUCAGCACUUAUAUAUAUGAUCAGACUGAAAUUUUCAGGAAUCAAGUUGUAACGGUAUUUUUGCGCUAUCAUACAUUCGCGCCAUGUUACUCAUCCCCAUUAGGGAAUCCGGGAUAUUUUUGCGUGUGUAAUCCGGAAUGCAGGAAAUUAUUUCUUGUAGAAUCCAGAAUCCAAAUUCCGCUGACAAGGCAUCCGCAAUCCGUUACCUGGAAUUCCGAAUUCACAGCAUGGAAUCAAGAAUUUGAUUACCUUAAGUGGAGCGAUUAUUUAUUUUUUUAUUUUUUUAUUUAUUCAUUUAUUAAAUGCUGCAGGAAGUAAAGCGUCGCUUUCCAGAUGGCUUGCCUUUGCUCGAUCCAAUAGAAGACAUGGGAAUCAAAGAUGAUGGAUUGAAAACUGUUAUACGGGUCUGUAUUUGGUCUACAGCAUUUUUACCCGGCUGACUGCCACAGUCGUCAUUGAUUACGGGAGUAUAGAUAAGUUGUGGUUGUGUUUGUGGAGGGUGGAGGGGGUUUGCAAUGUUGUGCAACAACAGCGAUCGAUUGUCAUUAAACUGUCGGAGAGCUGUUGGUCAUUGACAAAAUUUUCACCAAUUUGUGAUGACCUUGAGAGUUCAUACUUACGAAAGUAAUCUCUAUUCUGUCGGCCGUCUGUCGGUGAACUCUUGGUCGACUGUCUACUGUCAGACGGACGACAAAUUUUGGGGGAGCUGUUCUUCAAUUUUACCCUGAAGGUGAGGAGGCAGGGUAAAAUAUGAAACAAUUCUCGUUGGUGUAACUUGGUGAAUAGUGGGAGGGACGGAGAACACCCAAAACAGGACCUUUGAUAUUUCGUUCAUGGUCCUCAAGGACUCACGACAGCGUUGACACGAGAAAAAGGCGACAAGCGCAUAAUUUUUUAACUUUUGUCAGCUUUUUCUUAUCAUAUGUUGUUCUGUGUUGUUUUGCCUACAGAAAAUAGAGACCUUAGAGCAUCGUAUGUACACCCAUCCGCUACACAAAGAUUCCUCAUUGGAGUCAUUAUACAGCUUAUGCGAGCAGAAAGCGACAGUAAGUCUUUCGUUUGUGUUCGUUAUUGUAUUAUAUUCUUUACACUUCUAAUGGUGCCUCUUUUUUACCAAUGCUGCUUAUAGGGCAUUUCAUGUUUGCCAUUAAUGUUACUGGAGUACUACUUGUUCACUUACUAAUAUUAUUAGGGUGCCAGUUAGUCUAAUGUAGUUUAAACAUGUUGGUCAACGAUUGUGGUACGGUGCCACGUAUUGGUAAACAGUGUUGGUACUGUGUUACGGGUUGGCAAACAGUAUUGACAUGGGGUUACGUGGCCUGAGAAAACAGGUGACUUUUCGCGACGCCACUAAUGGUUUCCUCGCAAAAUGACGUUUGAGGGACAAGUGCGGAAAUUCCUUACUGAUGACUACCCAGAUCUGAGAAGUGCUUCUGAUUGGUUGAGGCAAAUUUUCAAAUACUGUAUAUUGAUUAUGGUGGAGGAUUUUUAUGGCUUGUUAUUGAAUUUCUUUUUACUCUUAUUAGAUCAAUGCUGAAAUCAAGACAGUGAAGAAAGAACUUAAAAGAACGAGAACUGUUUUACAGCUGGACGAACUCAAAUGCAGGAAGCGAGUUUUAAGAAGGUAUUCAUGCAACACGUACUGUAACUUUGUU